AUGGCUCCUCGCGCAAAAGCUACGGCUCCCAAGCCUAAGGCUACUGCCGCCACCACCAAGAAACCUGGUGCUUCGACUGCCACCAAGAAAACCAAGGCUGCUGCCGCGCCAGCCAAGAAGACGGCGACUAACGGCGCGUCAAAGAAACGCAAGGCCUCAGACGAUGACGAUGAUGAUCUCGCGAACAAAGAUGUCCCCGAGGUGAAGAAGGCCAAGAGGUCGGCCAAGUCUGCCACACCGGCGGUCAAGGACGACGACCAUGACGACGAGAAGAACAAAGAGGAUGCUGAGCCCGAGGCGAAGAACAAGAAGAAGAAGCAGCCUGCCACUGCUGCUGCCAGCAAGAGGGCCAAGUCUGCAACGCCUGCUCCUGCUCCCGCCCCGGUUAAGAGGACCAAGUCUGCUACCCCGGCACCCCGUGACCCUCGACCGCAAGUGGCCAUCGGCCGCAAGAUCAACGACGCGCCCACGCAGGUGCUAGACAUUUACGUCUUUGGCGAGGGUACGUCCGGCGAGCUCGGUCUGGGCAGCAAGCGCGUCAACGGCAAGAAACCGAUCGACGUCAAGCGGCCGCGCCUCAAUGACAACCUCAAGAACGUGGUGCAGUUGUCGUGCGGCGGCAUGCACGUCGUGGCCCUGACGAGCGACAACCAGAUCCUGACCUGGGGCGUCAACGACCAGGGCGCUCUGGGCCGCGACACAUCCUGGGAUGGCGGCUUGCGUGACAUGGACAAGCCCGACGGCUCCGACUCGGAAGACGACGACGACGACACGGGUAUCAACCCGCGCGAGAGCACGCCGACGGCCGUGUCCGACGUGCAUUUUGCCGCAAACACGCGCUUCGUCCAGGUCGUGGCCUCGGACAGCGCCAGCUUUGCCCUGACCGAGGAUGGUCGCGUCUACGGCUGGGGCACCUUCCGGUCCAGCGACGGCAUCCUCGGCUUCACCGACAAGAUCCGCGUGCAGUACACGCCGCUGAUCCUACCCACGCUCAAGGGCAUCACGUCGCUGACCGCCGGCGCCAACCACAUCCUCGCCCUCGACGCCAAGGGAAACGUCAGCGCCUGGGGCUGCGGCCAGCAGAACCAGCUCGCCCGCCGCAUAAUCGAGCGGAACAAGCUGUCCUCGCUCACGCCCCAGGGCGUCGGCCUGCCCCGCGGAAAGAUCGCCAAGGUCGCCUGCGGCUCCUACCACAGUUUCGCCGUCGACAAGUCCGGCACCGUAUGGGGUUGGGGCCUCAACAACUUCGGUGAGGUCGGCAUUGGCUCAAAUGCUGGCGAGGAUGAUGCCGUCAUCCUCCGCCCCGCAAAGAUCACCGCCCUCGACGGCCACGCCAUCCAGGACAUUGACGGCGGCGGCCACCACUCCCUCGCCUGCAACGACAAGGGCGAGCUGCUUACCUGGGGUCGUGUCGACGGCUACCAGGUCGGUAUCGACAAGGCCAUGCUCACUAAGGACAAUGCCAUCUUUGACGACCGCAAUGAUCCCCGAAUCCUCGUUGUUCCUACCGUCGUUCCUGACGUCUCCAACGUCACCAGAGUGGCUGCCGGGACCGACAACAGCUUCGCCGUCACCGGAGACGGCAAGGUUUACUCUUGGGGCUUCUCCAGCAACUACCAGACCGGUCAGGGCGUCAUGGACGACAUUGAGAAGCCCACCAUCGUCGACAAUACGGCCAUCCGGGGCAAGAAGAUCGUCCUCGCCGGUGCUGGCGGCCAGUUCUCCGUCGUCAUGGGUAUCCACGAAGACGAAACGAACGGCACCAACGAAACUUGA